AUGAACACAAGGCAACCAAUUUCCUUUUCCUGUUUUGUUAUAUUUCUGAUUGCUGCCUCCAUCGAUGGUGGUAAUGAGACCGAUUACCAGGCUUUGUUAAAGUUCAAGUCUAUGAUCAGGAAUGAAGAAGCUCUAAUCUCAUGGAAUGCUUCCUUCCAUUUCUGUGAUUGGAGUGGUGUCUACUGUGGGAGGCGGCAUAGAAGAGUAACUGUUCUGCUACUGGAGUCACAAGGGCUAGAAGGCUCAUUGUCUCCUCAUAUAGGGAACCUUAGCUUCCUUCGUUUCUUUUCUCUCUGGAACAACAGCUUUCAAGGAACCAUCCCUCAUGAACUCGGUCGUCUCUCCAGGCUACGUUUCCUCUAUCUUGGCUCUAACAAAUUCAACGGGGUCAUUCCAACUAACUUGACUCGUUGUUCUAACCUUAAAGAGAUUGGACUUAAUAAUAACAACCUAGUUGGAAGCAUACCUAAGGGGAUUGGUUUCCUCUCCAAACUUACUUAUCUUUCAGUUGAUGAAAAUAAUUUAACCGGUGGAAUCCCACGUGUCUUGGGGAAUAUAACAUCAAUGGAAGUGUUCUCUGCUGCUGAAAAUCCGUUGGGUGGGAGCAUUCCAGACACCUUAGGCCACUGGAAUAGCUUAACACAACUUUACCUUGGUGCUUGUAACUUAUCUGGAACCAUCCCUCCUUCCAUUUUUAACCUCUCACACCUAACGAAUUUUUCCUUGGCUGAGAAUCAGCUUACCGGUAGUCUUCCCUCAGCUUUAGGUACAAUGCUCCCUCAUCUUAGGUACCUUCAGUUAUGGGGUAACCAACUCACCGGAACUCUUCCACCCUCGAUAUCUAAUUGUUCGAAAUUAGAUUUUCUUGAAGUCCAUCUAAACAACUUCAGUGGGAAGUUGGAAAUUGACUUUGCAGAAAUGAAAGAUAUGUAUUUUAUAUCCUUGGGUGGUAACAACAUCUAUGGAUCCGGAGGUGCUGAUGAUAUGAAGUUUAUUGAUACUUUGAAAAACUGUAGCAGAUUAGAGACAUUGGAUCUUUUUCGUUGCACGUUUCAAGGACCAUUGCCUGCAUCAAUUGGUAAUCUUUCUGAUCAGCUCAGUUAUCUAAGUUUAGGAGAAAACCGUAUACAUGGAAACCUCCCUCCAGGUAUAGGUAAUCUAAUUGGCUUGACCAAUUUAGGUUUAGAAAAUAACCAGUUUACUGGAAAAAUCCCCUCAACCAUUGGUAAGCUUCAGAACCUACAAAUUGCUUCUCUACAUUACAACCAAUUUUCAGGGCCGAUUCCAGAUGCCAUUGGAAACUUAUCAUUGUUGACUAAGCUUUGGUUAAAUUCCAACAAAUUGGAAGGACAGAUUCCAUCAAGCCUGGGAAAUUGUCAUCAUCUAUUGGAGUUACACCUUGACGAUAAUAAACUUGGUGGUAAAAUACCUACUCAACUUCUUCAACUUUCAUCUCUAACCAUAGCAUUAAAUCUUUCUCAAAACAACCUGGUCGGGUCGCUUCCAACAGAAGUUGGCAACCUCAAGAUGUUGACUUAUCUUGAUUUGUCAAAUAAUAAAUUAUCAGGUAACAUUCCUAGUAGCAUUGGUGGUUGCACUAGCCUUGUAUUCUUAUCCCUCAAAGGUAACUUAUUUCAAGGCCAUAUACCAACGUCAUUAAGUUCCAUGAGAGCAGUUUCGACACUUGAUCUUUCUCAUAAUAAAUUAUCGGGCCAAUUUCCUCGAUUCUUGCAACGGUUGACCUUAUUAGAAUAUGCAAACCUGUCCUUUAAUGACUUCCAGGGCAAUGUACCAGUGAUCGGAGUAUUUGCAAAUGCAAGUGCAUUCUCUGUUUUGGGUAAUAAUAGGCUUUGUGGUGGCUUGGCUGAAAUUAGGUUGCCCAAAUGUAAUACAAAGAAGCAUAACAAAAAGUUACCUUUGUUCAUCAUACUCAUUCUGUUCGCAUCCACACUUUUCACCAUAUUAUCUUUUGCAAAUUUUUUAUGUAAGAAGAAGAAGAGUCAACCGUCUCAAUCAUCGAGAGGCGAACGGUUCAUGAAAGUAUCAUACAGUCAACUUCUCAAGGCUACCAACGGCUUCUCCCAAGCCAAUUUGAUUGGUGAGGGUGGGUUCAGCUCUGUUUACAAAGGAGUCCUUGAUGAUACAAUUGUUGCAGUCAAAGUUGUACAUCUUCAAAACCGAGGUGCUCACAGAAGCUUUACAGCAGAGUGUGAAGUGUGGCGGGGUAUUCGACACCGGAAUCUGGUUAAGAUAAUAACUUCAUGUUCAAGUGUUGACUACCAUGGCAAUGACUUCAAAGCUUUGGUAUAUGAGUUCAUGCCCAACGGGAGUUUACAUGAUUGGUUGCAUUCAAGUCCAAGUACAUCCAGAUUGAAUCUUUUCCAGAGAAUAAAUAUUCUCAUGGAUAUCGCAUCUACAAUUGAUUAUCUUCACAAUCACUGCCCAUCACCCAUCAUUCACUGUGACCUGAAGCCUAGCAACAUUCUACUUGAUGAUGAUAUGGUGGCCCAUGUUGGAGACUUUGGUUUAGCUCGAUUUCUUGGAACAAAUCCAAACAAAAAAAGUACAAGUGGCAUUAGAGGAACAAUUGGGUAUGCACCUCCAGGUAAAGUUCAUGUAUUCCCAAAUGCUCAUAUUUAUUUUAGUAUUACAUUUUCUGCAAAUAAUAUUUGCUUAAGAGUUGCAGAGUAUGGUGUUGGGAGUGAGAUGACAAGUAGUGGGGAUGUCUACAGUUUUGGAAUACUAUUAUUGGAGGUGAUGACAGGGAAGAGGCCAACAGACAACAUCUUUAACGAAGGCCUUACCCUUCAUAAAUUUGCAUACAUGGCCUUGCCAGACCAUGUAACUGAUGUUAUUGAUGAUGAUCUUCUGAAUUUUCUUCAAGAGGAUGCUACUGCUACACAAUAUACAUCAGCACAUGCAAAGAAAAUAGAGGAAUGCUUGGCUUCAAUCAUCAAACUAGGAGUAUCAUGCUCAGUGGAUUCCCCACCGCAGCGGAUGAAUAUCAAAAAUGUUGUCCGUGAAUUGCAGAAAAUUCUGGAUACACUGCAAAAUAUCCAUGGCUCCAUGUUCUCUCAUCUUCCUAAAUGA